AUGACCCAAGAAGAAAAGAAACAAAAGGUAUCAACAAACCUUGAAGAAAAAGCCUAUUUAGACCUUUGUGAACGUAUCAUAAAUGAAGGUGAACAUCGUCCAGAUAGAACAGGUACUGGGACAUAUAGUAUAUUUGGUCCACCACAAUUAAGAUUUAAUUUAAAAGAUGAUACAUUCCCAUUAUUAACUACCAAAAAAGUCUUCACAAAGGGUAUCAUAUUAGAAUUACUUUGGUUUAUUCAAGGUUGUACAGAUGGUAAAAAAUUAAGUGAAAAAGGUGUUAAAAUUUGGGAAGGUAAUGGAAGUCGUGAAUUUUUAGAUAAAUUAGGUUUAACUGAUAGACGUGAAGGUGAUUUAGGUCCAGUUUAUGGAUUCCAAUGGAGACAUUUCGGUGCUAAAUAUACUGAUUGUGAUGCUGAUUAUUCAGGUCAAGGUGUUGAUCAAUUAGCUGAAGUUAUUCAUAAAUUGAAAACAAAUCCUUAUGAUCGUCGUAUUAUAAUGUCUGCAUGGAAUCCACCAGAUUUCCCAAUUAUGGCAUUACCACCAUGUCAUGUUUUUUCACAAUUUUAUGUUAAUUUUCCUAAAGAAGGUAAACCACAAUUAUCAUGUUUAUUAUAUCAAAGAUCUUGCGAUAUGGGUCUUGGAGUUCCUUUUAAUAUUGCUUCUUAUGCUUUAUUAACUAAAAUGAUUGCAAAAGUUGUUGAUAUGGAUUGUGGUGAAUUUAUACAUACUAUGGGUGAUUCUCAUGUUUAUAAAGAUCAUGUUGAUGCUUUAAAAGAACAAAUUACAAGAGAACCUUAUGAAUUCCCAAAAUUAAUUAUUAAAAGAGAUAUUAAAGAUAUUGAUGAUUUUACUUAUGAAGAUUUUGAAAUUGUUGAUUAUAAAUCACAUCCAAAAAUUGCAAUGAAAAUGAGUGUUUAA